AUGACUCUUCAGUGGACCGUUGUUGCGGGUAUUCUCUACCUGGAGAUUGGAGUUGUUCUGACUCUUCUCUUGCCUUGGAUCAGACCUCAUCAGUACGUUUAGCGUCAAUUUAGUUUAUAUAUUUUCAUCACUCUCAAAUACCGUUUGAUUUUAGCUGGAGGAAGUUGUUCAACAGCCGAUUGGCGAGCUCGAUCAGUAAAUUUGCAUCGGUCUACUUUUAUGCGGUCGUUGCCGUCUUGAUGCUGUUGUUGUUGGGUAAGUCACCUGAUUUAUUCCUAUUCUUUUAAUUUAGAUGCCGUUCGCGAAGUUCGCAAAUAUUCUGAUGCUGAUAUUACCACCGAAGUCAGAAGAGCCUUGGAGAGCGAUGCCAUGAUCCACAUGCGUUUAUUCCGUUCCCAGAGAAACUUGUACAUCUCUGGAUUUGCUCUUCUUUUGUUUAUCAUCAUCAACAGAUUGGUCACUCUCAUCUCCCGCACCGCCGCCCUUCAGGCUAGUGCUGAUGCUGCCCUCAAACAAGCUCAGAGUGCUAACCAAGCCGCCAAGACUCUGAUGGAAGCUGUAAGUUAUUUUAUUCUUAUGAACGGUGAGGUUUACAAUAUAAUAUUACUCAUUUAGGGAGAUGAUGAAGCCCUUCAGAAGACCACCAAGGAAGUCGAGGACUUGAAGAAGAAGCUCCGCCAAGCCGAAAAGGACCGUGAUGCCAUGAAGAAGCAAUCCGAGAAUCUCCAGAAUGAAUAUGAACGUGUCAGCACCCUGUUGAAUAAGAAGGAGGCCGCCGGCGGUGAUAAGAAGUCUGAUUAA